AUGGACGACUGUAUCCACGCCGCCGCUGCCUCGGGCAUGUUCGCCCAGUGCUCCGAGCCCACUCUGCGCGCCAUUUGCGCCCGCACCAAAGCCGUGACGUACCCCAAGAACGCCGUGAUCUACCACCAAGGCGAGCCCCAGACGGAGCUGUUGCUGCUCCAGGACGGCAGCGUCGAGUCGACCAAGAUCAUUGAAGGCCAGGAGCACACGCUGAACGUGCUGACGCACGGAGCAGUGGCUUCGAACCACGCGCUCGUUCAGGAUCCAGCCGCAGUGACCGUCCGGUGCCUCACGCCCGUCACGGGCUUCACGUUGCAGAGCACAGCGCUCAAUGACGUGCUGGAAGACAAACAAGCGUCCAGGGAAAUCAUGCGCAGCCUCAGCAAAGAGAUCCGACGCCAGGCGUCGCUGCUACAGACGCCGCUGUUCGAACAGCACGCCAAGCCCACGCCGUACUUUGCCACGUCGGUGGCAGCUUCCAUUGAAUCUUUCUAUCGCAGCGGCAUGAACUCGCUCUUGAACGCCCGGUUAACGGGGCAGCCAGUCGCCCAGCUCUUCCCGGAGAUGCACCUGCAGAUCCCGACGCGGGUUGUCUACAUUAACGGGUUCAAAGGCAUCCGUCACUUGCUCGAGAAGAACGUCCAUGCGGACGAGUACGAGUACCCGCAGCUCGUGCGGUUUGCCGAAGCUGUGGCGCCUGGUGUCUUGAUGACACCCGUGAGCAGUAUGCUGGAGGCCUUUAAUGCGGGACACAUGAACCCCGAGUCGCUCUCGACGCGGUGGAUCCGGGGCACAGCGCCUCGCAUGCUGCGGGAAGUGAUCUUUGGUGUCGGGUUGAACCAGCUGUCGGACUAUUUUGAGGAACGGCUGUCGGUCACGUCGAGUCCUGCUCUGAACAAUGCUUUCGGAAGCAUGAUGGCGGGUGUCGUGUGUGGCUACCUGUCGCACGUGCCGCACAAUUUGUCGACGAUGAAGCUCAUGCAUCCGCAGAAGAGCUACGGGGAGCACAUGGACGAUUUCAUCCGACGUGCGGAAGUGCGUGUGCCCAUGACGGUGUCGCCACGUCAGCGCUACAUGACAGCUACAGCGAUGGCGCUUUUGUUCCCGAAGGGAUUGACCGUGCGGACGUCGCAGAUUGUGGGCUCGUUCAUCAUCCUCAAUGGCACUAUCAACUCGCUCAAGGAAGUGGACUUGAACACGAUCAAGGGCUACAUGUCGGGCUAA